GUUCAUACAAAUUAUAAAAAAACAAAAAUCCACAUCCCAUUGAGAUGGGAACAAAACAAGCCAGAAGAAGACAAAACCAACUCUCACGCAUUGUCUGCUACGUACAUCCAAAGGGAACUAAUGGCUGUUUCAGUUCAAUCCUUUCCCCUUCCGUUCUUUUCCCCAUACAAGAAUAGCAGAGCAAGAACACAGAGAGAGAGAGAGAGAGAGGGAGAGAGAUUUCUUCUGAAUGCGAAGCUUUGACAUUUUUCUCCGAAACCCGAGUGGAUUUUUCCGCCGAUUGCAGAAUCCGAUGUCUUGAUAUUCUAUCCAACUCAGAUCCGAGGAUUAAUUGGGUGUUCCUGCAGAAAAUCCCAGGUAUCUUGUGUUCAAUCAAUGGUUACUAUGUUUCAAGAAGAUGGGACGUCUUCUGUAGCUUCAUCUCCUCUUCAGGUUUUCUCCAUGAUGCCCCUCCAUAGGACUAACCUAGCUGGCCCAUCACCAUAUCCAUGGCUGAAAGACCUCAAACCAGAGGAGAGAGGCCUCUACUUGAUCCACCUCUUGCUCACCUGCGCUAACCAUGUCACCUCCGGUAGCCUACAGAACGCGAACUCCGCCCUCGAGCAACUCUCUCACCUUUCCUCUCCCGAUGGAGACACGAUGCAGAGAAUUGCUGCUUACUUCACCGAGGCGCUCUCCACUCGGAUCUUGAAAUCUUGGCCCGGCCUCUACAAGGCCUUGAACGCGACCAGGAUGAGGAACGUCUCGGAGGAGAUCUACGCGAGGAAGCUGUUCUUCGAGAUGUUUCCUGUUCUGAAAGUUUCUUACUUGCUCACCAAUCAAGCGAUAGUCGAAGCAAUGGAGGGCGAGAAGAUGGUCCACGUGAUCGAUCUCCAUGCUUCUGAACCGGCUCAGUGGAUCGCGCUUAUUCAGUCUUUCAACUCGAGACCGGAAGGGCCACCUCAUUUGAGAAUCACCAGUGUUCAUCAGCAGAAGGGUGUGCUGGAUCAGAUGGCUCAUAGGCUCACUGAAGAAGCCGAGAAACUCGAUAUCCCGUUUCAGUUCAAUCCUGUUGUCAGCCGGUUGGAGUCUCUUAACGUCGACCAAUUACGGGUUAAGACAGGGGAGGCAUUAGCAAUCAGCUCGGUUCUUCAGCUGCAUUGCUUAUUGGCCUCUGAUGAUGAAUUCUUGAGAAAGAAUUGCCCAUCACGGUUCAAGAACCCUAAUGGAACAGACUUGCAGAGGGUUUUACUGAUGAACCCAAACUCUGCGGGCGAGGUUACAGACAAUGAUAUAAUAAGCAACAACGGCUACAGCCCGAGUGGUGAUUCGGCCUCGUCUUUCCCUCUAUCCUCAGGAAAGAUGGACAGAUUUCUCCAUGCAUUAUGGAGUUUGUCACCAAAGCUAAUGGUAGUAACCGAGCAAGAUUCGGACCAUAACGGUACCUCCCUAAUGGAAAGACUACUCGAAUCCCUCUACACAUACGGGGCGUUGUUCGAUUGCUUGGAAUCAAAACUGCCAAGAACGUCGCAGGAGAGAAUCAAAGUGGAGAAGAUGCUUUUCGGGGAAGAGAUCAAGAACAUCAUAGCCUGUGAGGGAUGCGAAAGAACGGAAAGGCACGAGAGGCUCGAGAAGUGGAGCCAGCGGUUUGAUUUGGCGGGGUUCGGUAACGUCCCUUUGAGCUGCUACUCGAUGUUGCAGGCGAGGAGAUUGCUUCAGAGUUAUGGGUGUGAAGGGUACAGGAUUAAAGAAGAGAACGGGUGCGCUGCCAUUUGCUGGCAAGAUCGGCCUCUUUACUCUGUUUCAUCUUGGAGAUGCAGGAAGUGAAGUGAAGUGAAGUGCAGACAUGAAUCUUAGUUGUGUGUGUGUUUUUUCCCUUAUGGAUUGAUUAUGUCUCCCUCUAUUUGUCGGUUUAUUUGUUUUGAGUUAAACCAAGUUGAAGAGUUCCUUCUUCUGUGUAAAUGGGAACACAAGUUUGUGGCUUUUGGUCUCUCUAUAAUAUUUUCAAACGGUUUGCUUCUUCA